CUUUAACCCGACCCCAGCCUUCGUCUUCUUCUCUUCUUCUCUCCACCCACCAUCCGCCAUUUUUCUACGCUAGUGGUAGCUGGCGCCUCACUGUUCUCUUUGGUUCAGACUUCGUCGACCUGAACACCAUCCUUCCAUUGCCCAGGGUUGCCACCUUUUAUCACCUGUGAUCGAACUCAGAGGAUAUUGCAGUCAAUGUCCAGGGUCCGUUUGAUUCUACCUGGUGUUUUCACCUUGCCAGUCUAAUGGUUGAUCAGGAAGAUUUUUUGAAGGAGGCGCUCACGCGUCAUGAAAAGAUUGAGGAGGAACUCGCAGCCGGGUUUGGUAUGACCCUAGGAGACGUUCUUGACACUGAAGUCGUGGAUGCAGCCAUGCUGUGGGCCGCUCAGGUGGAGGAGGAUCUCCAACGCAUACGCUCGAAGAUCCGCGUUCUGCAUGAGCUUAGAUGCAUCCGCACUGAAUUGGCAGGAAUAGACAAGCCCCCCCACGAAGUCGACGGAAGACGCUUUUGGGCUGUCAUCAUCGGCAUCGACGCUUAUCCUGGCGAUUCCGCUUUAGAGGGUUGCAUGCAAGAUGCAUUGGCAAUAGAAAACCUUCUGAAAACGAGGCUCCAUGUUCCAAAAGAACGCAUACGCCUACUCCUCGGCCCUUCUCAUGAUGACACGUCUCCCGAGCUCUCUGAUGCCCGUGUGAUUUCUCCCACACGACAACAGAUAAUAUCCGCUUUAACAGACCUCGUUGAAAAGCCCGACAUCAUGAAGGACGAUGGCAUCAUCAUCUAUUAUGCUGGACACGGCUCAGCAUACGCCAUCCCCGACGACACAUACACGAUCAAUGGAUCUGAAGUCGCUACCCCAAAUUUGGGUUUUGUAGAGGCGCUCUGUCCACUUGAUAGGUGCGAUAACAGCGACACGGAAAUCAUACCCGAUAUCAGUGGGCGAGAGCUGAAUGUGAUUCUGCGACAGAUGUCACUGGAGAAAGGUCCCGAUAUAACAGUUAUAUUCGAUUGCUGCCACUCGGGUAGAAUUACUAUGACACCCAAAUCAACCAUUCGCUUUGCAAAUCCCCUCACAGCAUCACCAACUGUCCUUGGUGCCAUGAUGACCGCCGCAGACACCUUGCUACGGAGGUACCCCGACCCUGAAAAGCCUAAGGAACAGUCGGUGUGGACACCAAAGUGGACUGCCAAUACGGCAUCCCACGUCUUAUUGGCUGCCUGCAAGUCGUACCAGUCGGCCUCAGAAAUCGUUGAUAAGUCUGGUCAUCAUGGUCUGUUCACAGACGCUCUCCUUCGUGCCCUCGAGUCGAGUCAGGUCGAGGCUGGGUGUUCAUUUGUUGAGCUCCUGAAGACAAUGCCAUCCUGGAAGAACCGGACCCCCGUUGUUACAGGCGAUCGCAAGCAUUCGCCGCUGUGGUUUCGCGAAUCGUUGCCACAUCCUACAGAGGAGACCCAGCGACAACAGCCCGAUCCAGAUCAUUCCUCCGACUCAAGUGAAUCGAGUUCAACUCGUCCGACUGUACCGGCUCGGCGGUUCUGCACAACCUCAUGAACCUGGCCUGUGCAGGGUUCAAACGUGAACUGCACCUUCAGAUUCAGGUAUAGUGCAGGGUCAGUGUUG